AUGGCCGAAUUCGUACGAGCUCAGAUCUUCGGAACGACGUUCGAGAUCACUUCUAGAUACUCGGAUCUGCAGCCUGUGGGCAUGGGUGCUUUUGGUCUGGUCUGCUCCGCGAAAGAUCAGCUCACAAAUCAAAAUGUCGCUGUCAAGAAGAUUAUGAAGCCCUUUAGCACUCCCGUCCUAGCCAAGAGAACGUACCGAGAGCUGAAGCUACUGAAACACCUCAAACACGAAAAUGUCAUUUCCCUCAACGAUAUCUUCAUCUCGCCCCUUGAAGACAUCUACUUUGUCACAGAACUGCUCGGGACAGACUUGCACCGACUCCUCACGUCGAGACCUCUAGAAAAGCAGUUCAUCCAAUAUUUCCUCUACCAAAUCAUGCGAGGUCUAAAGUAUGUCCAUUCCGCUGGCGUCGUCCAUCGCGAUUUGAAACCUAGCAACAUCUUGGUCAACGAGAACUGCGAUCUGAAGAUUUGCGAUUUUGGUCUUGCUCGAGUUCAGGAUCCCCAGAUGACCGGAUACGUCUCGACAAGAUAUUACCGCGCUCCGGAGAUCAUGCUCACCUGGCAGAAAUACGACGUGGAAGUCGAUAUCUGGAGUGCAGGGUGCAUUUUCGCCGAAAUGCUCGAGGGAAAGCCGUUAUUCCCUGGAAAGGACCACGUCAAUCAGUUCUCCAUCAUCACUGAGUUGCUCGGUACUCCUCCCGAUGAUGUUAUCAACACAAUUGCCAGCGAGAACACAUUGAGAUUCGUCAAGUCUUUACCAAAACGGGAACGGCAACCUCUUAAAAACAAGUUCAAGAACGCUGACCCAGCAGCCGUCGAUCUACUUGAACGCAUGCUAGUAUUCGACCCUAAGAAGCGAAUCACUGCUGCCGACGCGCUGGCACAUGAAUACCUUGCUCCUUACCACGACCCCACCGACGAACCUGUCGCUGAGGAGAAAUUCGACUGGAGUUUCAACGAUGCUGAUUUGCCUGUAGACACAUGGAAGAUCAUGAUGUACUCGGAGAUUCUUGACUAUCACAACAUGGAGUCAAGCGCGGUCGGAUACGAGGAUCAUUUCAACGGCCAAUAG